AUGUCUGAAACCGAGGAACAACUUGCACUACGAACAAAUAAAGAGCUACGUGAUAUGUGCGAAGAGAGAAAUUUGUUAACUAGUGGCAAAAAAGUGACGCUCGUACGAAGGCUGCUAGAGUACAGUGCAGUCGAGACUGCUGAUCCUGAAGCUGUGACAUCGACGCCGAGAGACCCAAAACAGUGCGAAAUGAGUUCGAGUGACGGUGAAGAAAUCGCGCGUCCGCCGCAGUUUACUUUCAACGAUAUCGGCGAUUCGCUUGAGAAGUUUUCCGGAGAGCAUUCCGAUCGUGAUGUACGUGGGUGUUUAGAUGACUUCGAGAAAACGUGCGAAAAUUUCGGAUGGAAUAAUGUGCAAAAGUUCGUGUACGGACGACGGCUGCUAAAAGGCACUGCAAAGUUGUUCGUGAGUAGUUCUUCUGGCCUCAACAAUUGGGUUGACUUAAGAGCGGCCCUUGAAGAAGAAUUCGAAGAUAAAGUAUCCAGUGCGGAAGUUCACGAGCUGCUGCGUAAUCGCAGAAAGAAGACCGACGAAACUUUCCUGCAAUAUAUCUACCACAUGCAAAACAUCGCGAAACGCGGUGGUAUUGAGGAGGAAGCCGUAUGUGAUUAUAUUGUUCGUGGCAUAACGGACGACCCGGUGAAUAAAGUGUGUUUGUUUGGUGCGAGAAAUAUGCGAGAGCUAAAAGAGCGCGUAAAGCAAUACGAGAAGAUGAAAAGCCAGAUUCGUGAUUGUGGUCGUAACAGUCUCAAGUCUACUGUAAGAGUAGAGAAAGAGAAAAUCAAAAAGAACCCUAAAGUCUCCAAUGAGAGUGGCGCUGCUGAAUCGACAACAGCCGAAAUCCGAUGCUACAACUGUGGCAACCGUGGACACUUCGCGAACGAUUGCGAAAUGAAAUCGCGUGGUCCGAAGUGUUUUGUGUGCAGUGAAUUCGGACAUCGUGCAAAGGAUUGUACAACGAAUAAGAAAGAACCCGAAGUUAACAUCCUAACGGGAGAGAGAAUGCCAGUUCUACAGAUAAGUGUGGGAAAUAUCGAGCUGCAUGCGUUGUUCGAUACCGGCAGUCAACACAACCUAAUUUGUGAAGAUGCAUACAAACGGAUCGGAAAGCCCUUGCUCACCAAAACCACGAUGCACAGUGCUUAA